UGCAGCUUAAAAAGUGUAUCACUGCAGAAAUUUGAAAAAACCUGAAACACAAAAGGAACUUAUCGGCGCAGUUGAUGGCGGCACUGGGACAAUAGGAAGUCAUGUGGCGAAACUAAUUUUGUACACAUCUUUAUUUCAAACAGAAAUCAGAGGUGUCUGCACAAAAACUUUCAGCACAACGGCUUCAGCGAUUAUUUCCUAUUUUGCACGAAAAGGGAGCUUUUAUUCACGAACAGCGAUCAGAUCGAAGCAGACCGAUUAUGCGAACUUUCAAUAAAAUAAUAUGUUUCGUUUUUCAUCGCCUCCAUCUCAUGAAGAUGGGUCGGUCCGCCUAGCCAAAAACUGGUUAGGUUAGCCGCAUGUCCUUUAUUGGUUAUUUUGAAAUUCCCGUUAUCAAGUAACGUGUUCUGCCCCCCCUCCCCUCCCAACCCAACAAGUAGAGCUAAUAUGUGUGGAUAUGUCCACGCGAGGGUACCAUGUUGAGGGUAACAUUUUUUUUCCCAAUUUUUCUUUUUGGAAAAGGUAAUAAUCUAUGCAAUCAAUGUCAUUAAAACAAAUAAGAAGAAUUUAAAAAACAAAUGGCGCGUGAACACCUGCUAGUUGUUGGGUGGGGGAGGGGGUUGAAAUAGAGAAAAGCUCCGGGACAUCCCAAUUUGUUUUCGAAGUACAUUUAUAACACCCCGGAAACCAAUGCCACGAACAGAACACGUUACUUGAAAACACUGAUUCCACAAAAAAGUGUCGUAAAAAAAAUUAAAAUGUCGUAAAACAAGAAUGCGUACUUUGAAUUAUGAAUUUCUGGCCCAAACAACAAGAAUCUGCCUUACAUGGCUAUUCAGUGGGACUCGAUAACAACAUCUAGCGGGUACAGUGUUACAUCUUGAUUUGAAUUUAUGAAGCGAUUCUAGCUAGAUUUUUUUCCAUGGUGUUUCAUAUUAAUUUCCCUUAAGUUUGGGGGGUAUUAUUUGAGGGAGGCCAUUAAUCUCAGGUCAGCCAUCACUGGAGGAUAUACAGUCCUAAAUCUCGUCAGUUUGUCAUGUUUCAAAAACUAUUGUUAUUUCAAUUACGGGAUCUAGUGGUAGAAAAUGGUAGCCGAAAAGAAAAAAAUUUUCCAACUCCAGGCCCCCACUUCCCUCGAGAACUUUUCUAAUUUCUUCGUCUUCGGAUAAGAAGAGAGUUUCUUUCUGUUGUCUCUCAACACCUCUACGACAGACAAAAGUGACAAAAGUGGAAACACACAACGAUUUUAUGACACAUGUUAUGACACAUUUUACAACACAAUAAGAGUUUUUUCCUUCCAUUCUUGUUGGUUGGACCAGAAAUUCAUAAUUCAACGCACUCAUUCUUGUUUUACGGCAAAAAUCAUUGUUUUCAAGAAACGUGUUCUGGUAUGGGUUUCCGGGGUGUUAUAAAUGUAAUUCUUCGAAAACAAAUUGAGAUGUCUCGGAGCUUUUCUCUAGUCCAACCUGAACCCCCCCCCCCCCCCCCCCCACCCAACAACUACAAGAUGUUCACGCGCCAUUUUUUUUUAAAUUCUUCUUAUUUUUUUUUUUUAAUGCAUGGAUUAAACCUAACCAAAAAAAAAAAUUUUGGAAAAAAAAAGGUUACCCUCGACCCUCGACAUGGAACCCUCGCCCUCGACCUGGAACCCUCGACCCUCGACCCUCGACAAAAAGAUAGACUCCCAUCGAUCCACUAGUAAACUAUAUGCCUACAACACGUCAAUAGGAAAUUCAAAAUUCAAUGUUUCGGAGGCAGUACUCUGUUUUUCUCGACUUUUUAAGAGCUCAAAACAUGGUUCGAGUUAUCGAGGGUAAAAUUAUAUAGAAAUGAUCUGGGGGGAAACAAAAAUUGCUUUCGUGUUAUCGAGGAUCCGAGUUACCGAGAGUAAACAUGAGAAGACACAAAUGGCUUGCACUGUAAGUAUCCCGGAGAGCUCCAUACAAUUCCUUAUAAUUUUGUUAUAAGGAAUUGUAUGGAGCUUUCGAGGAGACUUUUCUUAAUUAGCUUAGGCGCGGCGGAUUUUGUCACGUAUGAUCAGCGCGAGGUGUUUUUCCCGACACCCUUCUGUCAGGAAAAUGUCAUCAUAAUUAUGAAAGCAAAACAGACACGAUCGCGUCGGCAGGCCGAAGCCGGCAAAAAUAAAAGGCUUUUCUUCUUCCAUUUCAGAGGUCAGUUUUGUUUCGAUCUGGUCAAAAUCAGGUUUUUAGGUUGUAGGUAAUAAAAUAUUGUCUUAUUCUGUUCUCAGGAACCUUUAGAAAACGAGAUAAUUGAUUAGAGAAAGAAGCGUGAAAUUUUGCGAAAUCGCGAAGCGCAAUAUAUUCAGUUUCUUCCAAAGCCGUCAUGAUUAAGCAGUGUAAUGCCAUCACAACUAACAAUGAAUUUAGUUUGUAUCGCAAAAGCUGCGAAAAUAGAGAUGAAAAAAAAAAAUAGAUCGGAAAAAUUAAUAAAAUCACCAAGAAACCGUCUCGCGCUAGCUUUGUUAAACAAAUCGUUGGUACGGUUUAUUUAACCUAACCUGGAAAAGGAGACGUCUGCACGUAGAAUACAUUUCAUCCUACAUGUAGUUGUGAUUUCCAGAACGGACCUCGGGAGCCUCAUUGCCGUAAUAUCUUCCACACUACAGAAACCAAAGCAGAAUCGCCCUGCUCGCGUGCUAACUUUCCGCUCCAAUUAUGACUACACGGUACCAGUGAAAUGUUUCAAAAUUUAAAGCGGCCGAAACUUAUUUCCAUCAGCGCGUAGUUAGUCAGUUAAGCAAUAAUAAUGCACAGCACUGUAAAUAACACGGUUCUAGAAUAUCUGACGGCUUCGCGUUUUGUUCGUCGCUGCAUGCGAUUUAAUCGCUUAUAACCUAACAGAAAAUGUAAAUGUACCUGAAGGAAAUACCGUGUAUUACCUUACCUCAAUUAAUGUGUGUAAAUUUGUCUUUUGCUAUGGUUUUAGACAAUACGACUUCUCCUGACUAUCAAUUUUGCGUCAAAACAAGCGCGAUAAUGAAAUAGACGAAGUGCCAUGGCAUAGCACUUUAUGACAAAGUUUUAACUGGAAAACUUGUUACCAUCUGAUGUACACCUGUAUAGUCUAUGUUUGUAAGCUCUGCCUAAGGAAUCACUGGAUUACACUGCACCCAUGGGUGUGCCACCUAAAGUGCAGCCUAUGUUUGUUAGCUCUACCUAAAGAAUAACUGGGUUACACUGCACCCAUGGGUGUGCCACCUAAAGUGCAGCCUAUGUUUGUUAGCUCUACCUAAAGAAUCACUGGGUUACACUGCACCCAUGGGUGUGCCACCUAAAGUGCAGCCUAUGUUUGUUAGCUCUACCUAAAGAAUCACUGGGUUACACUGCACCCAUGGGUGUGCCACCUAAAGUGCAGCCUAUGUUUGUUAGCUCUACCUAAAAGGAUCACUGGGUUACACUGCACCCAUGGGUGUGCCACCUAAAGUGCAGCCUAUGUUUGUUAGCUCUACCUAAAGAAUCACUGGGUUACACUGCACCCAUGGGUGUGCCACCCAAAGUGCAGCCUAUGUUUGUUGGCUCUACCUAAAGAAUCACUGGGUUACACUGCACCCAUGGGUGUGCCACCUAAAGUGCAGCCUAUGUUUGUUAGCUCUACCUAAAGAAUCACUGGGUUACACUGCACCCACGGGUGUGCCACCUAAAGUGCAGCCUAUGUUUGUUGGCUCUACCUAAAGAAUCACUGGGUUACACUGCACCCUUGGGUGUGCCACCUAAAGUGCAGCCUACGUUUGAUGGCUCUACCUAAAGAAUCACUGGGUUACACUGCACCCAUGGGUGUGCCACCUAAAGUGCAACCUAUGUUUGUUACCUCUACUUAAAAAAUCACUGGCUUACACUGUACUCACGGACGUUUGCCUCGCGCUCUCUUCAAAGACAAAAAAGCUAUAGUCUGUUUGGCCAAAAAUCAAGCUUUGUUUCCCCUAAAAAUUGGACACCAUAUUAGGGCCCCGAAAAGACGUUAAAAGUUCCUCCAUAAUAGAAGAGUGUUUUGUUAGGGUUAAUAAACGUUUGGCUUACAUGAGUUUCAAUAUAAAGGUGCAAAAACUUAUCAGCAUAAUUAUAGCACACAAACAUUGUCAUCAAACUCCUGGCAUGUAGCCUGAAUAAGCCAAGCAAAUAUGAAUAAAGCAUAUAACGAGAAAUAUUCGUCAAAUGGUCUCGUUAAGUAAAUUAUACUUCACUUUGCGACAGAAACUUUAUCGUUUGUAUCCGUGUUACGCAUCGAAAAAGCGAAGAGUCAUCGCAUGACAUUAGGUAACAGAGGUAAUACUCACGAGUUUCACGAAUUCCAAUUCCAUGAUUUUUCGCCGAGUAACAAAUUAAAAACUUCAAUUCUACCUUACAGUGGUCGGUUCAUUUACCUUACAUUUGCCAACACUAAUAAACAUGAACAAAACGAUGAAAUCCGGCACUCUUCUUUCAGAAGUAGCAAGCCGCAUGAAGUAAAAUCCACCGAUGUGCGCUGCAUUCUCACUACAAAUAUAAACAUUUGUCGUGAAGAAAAUACGACGAGGAGGAAAAAAUGCCAGAUCUUCGCCUCGGCAAUGUAUUCCAGCUACCAAGCCGGCGUAUCUCCAGAAGGUGGACUCGAAGUGGGACAAACCUUGUGAUUGUUUUAGGAGCCCUUUGCGCGCAAACUAAUUUAUUCUGGCGCGAAAUGAAGAUUAAGAAAAUGUAUCUGAAAUCUAAUACACGACAAGAAAAUUUUCGCACUUUCGAGGAGCGCGACAUAUUAAAUGGGAUUAAGUCGGAUUAGCUGCCCGCGGAGAAAACAUCCCUGCGUGGGAUGGUACUUCCAGUAAAAAGCCUCUGUGUCCUCUCAUGAUUACAGUAAAUGUAUGACGGAAACCGGAGGAAAUCGAUUUUGGUUCGAGUUAGCGCGAGGUUCGAGUUAGCGAGAGUUCGAGUUAUCGGGAGUCAACUGUCUAGCGUCUACGAAAAACUGUCAAGAGUUUUUAGCGUCGCAGAUUCCCGUUUUGAAGAGAAAUAGGGCCACCAACUCCAGUACUUCUAACCAUCCAUUUCUCAGCAGCAAUGAAAACCCUUGUAUCUGGUAAUUUAUUCAAGUUUUUUAGACUUGCCAUCACAUUUGCACGGGAAGUUUACCACUUGGGAAUAAAGAUGAAGACAAAUAUGACAAUCGUCUUAUUUUUCUCAUUAUCCCUAAAAGCAAACUGCCCGAAAAAUCAUAGAAAUCGGUUGAAUCUUUCAUUGUGAAAAAGGCACAUCAAAAACAUAACUAAUCCAAUUAUAAACAGCAACAUAUCAUAAAAGAAUAAUAAAUAACUAUUCUGACUGCCAUCAUACUUUUUAAUUUCAAACAAGAUGACUGCGGUGGAAGAGCAUAUCAAGAUUGCGGGGUCUGCAUUGAGGUGAGAUUUUUAUGGGUUAAAUAACAAUUAUUCACCGAAGUGGAGGUUAGCCGUGAAGCGGCGAGAUAAACUCACCACUAGCCACCGACAAUGAGAUGAAUAACUGUUUUAGUAUAUACUAAAACAAUGAGAUACUGUUGCCACCGAUCACAAUUUUGGCGCGCAAUGACCGAACGGCAGCGGUGAUCGCUUUUUCUUGCCGGCCGACAAAUAAAACUUUUGAAGGCAUUUGUUUAACUCUUGCGGGGAAAUUUUGUCAGAAGGAGUUGUGAAUUCUUUUUGUAUUUAUAAUCUUUCUCAAAAAAGAUUAUUAAAUUUAGUUUUAAGCUUAUUUUUAACAUGAACAAGUCAACUAAAUAAAGUAACGCAAGAAUUAAGCUUAAUUUGCAUUUGUAAAUAAAGAACUUUUUAGUCUACGUUUUCACCGAUUUCAACGGUAAAUUCAAGUCAAACAGACAAAGCUUUACCUGUUAAAACUUCCAAACCGAACUUCGUCACCUUUUUCGUGUAUUUCAAGAACAGCUUGCUUGAUUAUUUGUGAAAUUUCUUUGUUUGUUACGGCAGCAGACCUGGAAGCCAUUUUGCUUGCAAAACGCGAGUUUGGCGUCGCUCGCGCGGAGGAACUGGAGGUGGAUCAGUGAAUAGCAAUGGCUAUUCACUGAUUGAGUAGCCAAUCAGAGCGCGCGAGAAACACUAUCCACACUGUUUUAGUAUAUAAUAAAAAUGUAUAUAUGUGGCGUAACAAAAUUAAUCUAAUCGUUAACUUUUUGAGUUAGCUUUUCUGCUAACAUCUCCAAGCUAGCCAAUUGAAUAAGUCAUCCUCUCAACAUCUCAGUCCACUCUAUUUGUCUGUUACUUCUUCUUCCCUUCUCAAUGUUGAGUCCCGCAAAACUUGAACUAAUCCAGGCGUGAUAGAUAGAUCACCCUAUGUAAGGUAGUCAGAAUUCCGGAGUCCGGGAAAUUUUUGCUUGUGGAAUCCAGAAUCCCGGACUUGGAAUCCAUAAUUUCAGCUCAAGGAAUCCAGAAUUCCGCUAACGAUUGGAAUCGGGAAUCCAAAGCUUGGAAUCCAGAAUCCAAGACUGCUUUUGUAUCGUUUUACAUGGGGCGAGAUAGAUUUCUUUUACGUAUCAAAUAGUUUAUGGUUACUUGUAAGGCUAAUACCUUGUUUUAUUUCUUCUUAAGGGUAAUACAGGUGUUUCUUCAUUACGAGACUGCAACAACAUCUGUAACGGGACCGCUGAAAAUGCCGCAUGUGGAGUCUGCCUUAUGCCAGGGGAUAUGAACCCCGCCUUAGAUUGUAACAAUGACUGUCGCGGAACUGCAACUGAAGAUGACUGCGGUGUUUGCACUGGGGGAAGUACCGGUUUAAUGGCUAAUUACCUAAAGGAUGCCUGUGGUAGGCCUCCCGAAGUUUUUUUUAACCAAUGUUAUUAUUAUUAAGGCUAGCUUUAGACACUGUAACUUAUGAUGUUGAAAAUUAUAUAUCUCAGAGUGCGCAAGACUCAUUCCUCGUCUCCCAUUUUCAGAAUGAGAAUUCCAAUAUCGUAUCCAACAUGCAUGAAACGUUAGAAAGGAGGAGUGCGGUUAUAAAAACCUUUUAUUUCUGAGAAUUUUAACACCGAGGCGCACUGAAGUUCGUAUAUCGGGAGGGCACUUCCCAGGUCUAAGAUGGGGAACGGUUUUGUGUUGAAUUGGGUGUGGAUCGUAGAAGACGCAACCUCUGCCUUUAUUCUGUCGUGUUUUGAAAAGCCGGCUUUGAUUACUUUGAAUUCCUGAAUGUAACGGUUGGCAUUGGGUUCGGCGUACCAUGGGACAUGCAUUAGAGUUUGCUUACUGCAGCAUGCGGCAAUCAAAAUUGGGACAGGCUUUACAGGCUAUGCAAAGCAGAACAGGAAAUCGCAUAUUUGAGUCUGAAGUAGAGUACGCAAAACCAUGGAAAUCAUGAAACGUGGAGCAUAAAAUUAUUUAAUCAUUUUAUAUGGCCGAAAAGCCAUUAAGUUUUCCAACACUGAAUAGUCCAUUUUCGAGUUCGCUAUUACCGCUGAAUUGAAGAAGUGAAGACGCAUUUUUACAGCCUUAGCCUCCAUCUGAAGUAAUAUAUUCACAAAUUCCAACGAGAAAAAGACCUGUUUCUUACUCUGUCUAUUGUGUAUAUUCAAAUUUCAAACACUUACUGGCCAGAAUGUCUGAAUAUUUUACUUUACGUCGAGGCUAACCCUGUAUGAAUGUGUCAUUAAUGUUUGUAUUCAGCGGUAAUUUUUAAUUCGAAACUGGACUAUUCGACCACUUGGGCCUUGGUCGGAAAAUCAGCAGGGCACUAAAGAAUCUCUUCAGGAGUUUAGUAAACUUUAUCUCUCUAUCAAAAGUCGUUCGCGCUUCCGAAUGAUAUGUGUCGCAGCCACCAGACUGAUAGUUUAAAAUGAAUCAGUGUACUUUUCAUAAAAUAGUGUAAAAAGGUUCAGUAGGACCCCUGUGGACCGGAUCUUGGAGGCAUUGGACGGAAUAUUCCAAUAAAUUCUCUUUAGCAUUGCUUUUUCGUGAUUUCAUUUGAUUUUGCUAUCUAAGGAAAAUUAGACUGCAAAACAGUCCGUAUUUUUGCGUAUUCAAGUACGCGCGAGCAGUCAAACAAAAUGUCUGGAAUGAGGCUGAAAACAGAGAGCGAGACUGGGGAGAGACGCUAAAAAUACGGACUGUCCGUUUUUCAUACGUUAUAUUCGUUCGAAUUAUCCGCUUCUCCCAGCCACGGGCAAUUCCCAUUGGCUAAAUUUCGAUGCAAGUUGUCACGAAGCUGUCAAGUAAUGUUUUCAACAAGUCAUUCGCGUUGUUCCCUACCGUGAUGAAUUGCUAAAGCUUUCGCUGUAAUAAAAAUGACGGAUGUUGAUCGCCUGGAUUUGCUCCCAAGAAUUGGGAUUUGCUUUAAAAUCGGAGCAGAGGGAAGCUUUGGAGUUGCUUCUCAGGGGAAAGGAUGUUUUCUGUGUUCUACCAAUAGGAUUUGACAAAAGCCUUAUUUAUCAGAUGUUUGUUCAUGCAAAGAGUUCUUCAAGUUCUGUACAACGGCCGACCGUCAUUGUUAUCUCGCCUCGUGCAAACAUGCCGCUUGUUCCAAUGAAUUGUUUUCUCUGUCAAGUACAUUAUGCUUUGGAGGAAAACGUUCUGACUGAGCAAAUGUGAAUUUUGGUCGCUUAUUAAAUAUAUUUCAUACUGAGAGGUCGUGAGACGCAAAGAGAUUUUCUCUGGUCGGCAUGAUUUGCCCUCUGAUGCAAGAGCAUAUUCUUUUCACAAUAGGCACUUUUGUUAUUCAAUGAUAUGCAAAAAAGUGGCCGGGUAUUCUGAAGUUUAGCUUUGGCCCCUUUAGAAAUGUAAAGCUCUUCAAUUUAGGUUGUUUUAUUUCUCCAAAGUGCCUCCUGGAUUUGAAUAAUUUUAAGCGAUUUUCUUUGUGUCCGUGAAUGUGACUUUUUCCUGCAAUGUUUAGUCACGCUGGGCCCAGCUCGUUAGCGUUUUUGGCAGGAUUUUAAAUUCUCACAGAUAUUGAUUUGCAGAGCUAAAUCACCAAGAAGUGGAUUGGAAUGAGGGGAUUUACCCAUUCUUUUCAAUCGCAAUAAUUGUUCAUUGCCAGUUGGCGUGUUCAGUUCUUCUCUAAUUUGUGAAAGCAUCGCGGUGCAGUUUCCCGGGGGCAGUUUCUAACCUUUGAUUCGCACGGAGAGCAAACUGCUCUUGUGGAGAAAGAUUCUCCUUCCUUGAGGACAACGAAAAGUUCGUUUUUCAGUAGGUCGGCCCACUUUGGUAACGUUUCCCCUUUUCUGGUAGGCGCAACAAACACAUUUUCCGAGCUUAUCCAUCCAUUAGUAAAAUUGCCAAACUGUGUUUUGAAACAACAGCCGCACAUUCUACAAUUUGUGCGAAGCCCUCGGCUCUUUCGGCUUUCUCCCUCUUCGAGGAGCAGGCACAUGCAGGCUUUGUUGUUUUGAUCCUCCACUAUAUAUACUUCAUUUCACUAUAUACACUACAUUUCACAGAGAAGCAACGCUAAAAACCGCUUUAGAAUUACUGGAUCACAGCGUCAAGAUUCGAAGUCACACGCGCUAUAAUAACACGCGAGUGUAUCAAAUUCACAAAGAGGGCGGAGUUGCGAACAGAUUUUUGACAGCUCGACGACAUUUUUGAACCCCCUGGUCGGAACGAGAAAAAACGUCCUAAGUCCCUUGCCAGGGGUAGAAUUUUUUCAAUGAAAAGUAAUCUUUGUAUAAGUGACGUCAUUGGUGCAUUUUAAUCAAUGAAUACUGUACAUAACUACCUGCUGUUCCCGCGCCUAUUUCUUGAAUACUUAUUGAUGUUUUAGGUGUAUGCAAUGGAACUAAUACGACAUGCGCGGGAUGUGAUGGCGUACCAAACAGUGGUAAGGAAUUCGAUGCAUGCCGUGUGUGCGAUGGCGAUGGCUCAACUUGCACUGACAUCAUGAAAACUGAACCGAAAACCAUCUCGAGCUGCCAUCCUAAUGUUUUGGUAUUUGGUGCUGGUCUUAACACUGGUAAUCAGACAUUAUGUGUGUUAUACAACGACACUAGCGGAGAAAUGGUCGUCAACACAACAGGUAUUACAAACCCUUGACAUAGGCUUAUCAAUGCAGACAAUGCGAAAACGACUUGCUUUGUUAAGUAGGUUGAUAAGAUGAAAACAGAGUGGUCCAUGAAUUAGAAAAAAAAAAGAUAAAUCAAGUACUGAGCCUAUUUCGUCAGCCGUAUUCAUUGUGUUCACCUUUGUCAAAGUUGCAUAACAAUAGAGAUAGAGUCACGUUUACGGCAAACGGCAAACGGCAGACUCAAGCUGACAAUUUGAGGAGGUAAAAACCGUCUAAAAAUUCUUAUGGAUGAAAAUUGCGUGAAACCACUUUUUUUUGUAAAGGUAAAGAACAGUUUAAGACAAGCAAAAGGGAAAACUUGGUCACGUGGCACAAAUUCACUUUUAGCAAACCUCCCAAGUGCAUCCAUAACUCCAUGAUUGCACAGCUGCAACGUUUACCAUUUCUUUUAUAACAUAAUCAAAAGAGAAAAACAUUAUUUUCCAUUUGCCUUCGGUUGAGUCAUCGGUACGAGUUCAUGUAUGCUGCCAUCUGCCCGCGCGUAAACAAAUUAUGUUCUAUGUUUUUCAACAACUUGCCAUUGAGUUUUUCUUUCGCUGAAUCAACCGUUCUCCGUCUUCAGGGAAAUUGAAAAACGUUUUUCGUUGUUAUUCUGAAUGGCAUCUGUCUACUUGCUCUUAAUAUUGAGGGAAAACUAUAGCUGAAACUAUAAACACCAACUAAAAAGGCUCUAAAAAAUAAGCUAAAGCUGUCUCGAAUUUGAGCGUGUUUCCGAAAAUAUUUGCUUGAAUUUAGCAUCAGCUUGACCAAAAAGUCAAUAACACAAUGCUAAUUAAUAAAUUUACAUUUCAAACAGACUCUCUCUUCUAUAAAAAAACACACAAAAUGUACCUUAAAUCUUCGCAGGCUCGAUUUUCCUUCAGCCGAUUCUAGCCGCGAGGAAAACAGUGAUUAAUUCAUCCAGGGCAAAUUUGUUGCUCGAUCUUUUGUCUUUUUUCCUUCAAAACGACAGCUUAGUAUUUUCUUCAACUUCCACUUUUCAUCUGUGCAUUUCAUUGGUGUAUUUUACCGUCAGGAGAGGAGUUUUUUUGAAUUUGCCUAAAUUUUACCGCGCUAGCUCAGUUUCUUGGCGUACACCCACGGGCAAAUGGUAGUGGCUAACUGACCAAUCAGAGCGCGCGAUUUACUUUUGUUAGUAUGUGUAAUCAAAAUAAUGGUGACUAGUGAAAUUAGGGAAUAAUUUCACGCGCGUUUUGUCCAAAUCCUUAUAAUUUCCCGAGCCUUGGUUACCUAUUAAUAUCAUGGGUGACGAAUUACGUUAGCAAUCUUGGAUUUUUGACAUGUUUAUCCUGGAUCGUAUCGAUCGAGAACUCCACUCUCUCAAAUGUUUAGACCUUUUAAAAAUUUGGCCUAUAAAGUUCGAGAUUUUUCAGACUUUUUCGGCAAAAAAUACCCGUUAGAGUCCUUCUUGAUGUUCUCUUGUGUGUUCAGGUUUUCUAGAGCGUCUUUUUGUGCCCUGACAUCUUCAUUCACGGCAUUAAAAAACUUCGUCACCUAUGAUAUUAUGUUAUAAUACUACCCUGACCACAUUCCUAUCCUAGAGGGAGAAAUGAGAAAUGGAAGCAGAAAAUUAUUUCAGCACAUGUCCACAACUGUACUAAAGGGUGAAUUUCAAAAACCACAUUAGUGUCUGUCGAUCAGACAGCAUUGAGAAAUCUUGCUGUUGCAGCUGUUGCAUUUCUUGCAAGAAAUAUCGCUCAGUUAGCUACAAGACCUUCAGAACGAGCAUACACUCUCCCCUUCCCUGAAAAACAUAAAAAAACACAAACUAGGAAGAAUAAAUCUAAAUAAAAAAUUGAUUCGUCAGCCGAUUUUCUUAGAUAGUAGACCUUCAGAACGGGUAUAGAUGGUUUUCACAGUGACGUCAUCAAUAGCGAAAAGUCAAAAUAGCGAGGUUUACGAAUUCUUAUUAACACUAGGUUGAAGAUAAUCAAAAAGUUAAUCCUUGUACAAGUUUCCAGUCCCAUAGCAUGUUUCAUUUCGAAAAUACAGCAAUUUGAACUUCCGAGUUUUCAGAGUGCGUGACACCAAAAUAGGAAUGCUGUCUCGUUGAAAAAAAGUCUCUCCUCUUGAUUUUCAGCAGUAUAACCAUUUCAAGUAUUAGAAGAUAUGUUUAUGCGUACGUAGGCUAGUUCUCGAGUGAAAAGAAGGAGCUUUUAUAAAACAAGUGAACUCCUGAUGUUUUUGUUGAUUUUCGGCGGCCAUAUUGGUGCACCAAAACUGUGCACCAAUAUGGCGUCUCCAUACAAAGCUCUACAAAGAUGCGUGAAACGUUUCAGCAAAUAACUCAGAAACUGUGAGCUAAAAAGACCUGAGACUUGGACAAAUUGUUUAAAAAUUAGUCUUUUAUAACAUAUCAUUUUCUUGGCUUCUUUCACUGGACGGUUUUCAAUUUAUUUUUUUGUUGCGUGACAGUGAAAACGAUCUAUACACUCCCUCCUUCUUAGAACAACAAAGCGAAAAAACAAGUUCCAAAAACGAAGAACCGAUCCAAAUCAAUAUAUACUUAGCCUGUCAGCCAAUCAUAGAUUUGUAAGUAAAAUCACCAAUCAAAUGAAUUCUUGCAGUCUACAUAAAGUGCAUCUAAAAGCUUUAUUUUAACCCUUUGGCUCCCAAGAUCUGAUUAUUGUACAUUGGUUGAGAGAAUUUGGGUUUAUAUCAAUAAGGAAUCCUCGAGCUGAUACAAUUGCCUAUUCUCAUCAUCCUUCUGUUGGACAAAGUAUUGAUAUUAUUAAGAGAAAUUAAUAAGAUGCUGAUCAAAUUACCUCUGGGAGUUAAAAGGUUAAGGUGCGGUUUCAACAUGUUACAUUAAGGAAGUUUCAUUUCUGUUUCAGCAACUUCAAAAAAUCUCACGCAUGCGCAGUGUGAGUUUCAACCCUGGGUUGAUUAUAUUCCUGGCAGAUAUAACCUAUCUGUCGUAAUAACACAGAGUGGUCAAGCAGACGUUAAAACCAACACAUCUCUUCAGAUUUAUUACUACAAUUGUACAGAUCUCUCGGUAACAGGUGUCGUACCAAAUGAAGUUCUUCUGGAUGAACUUCCUCGAUACGUUACUCUAGAAGGCAGCGGUUUCUUCGACUGGGAAGAGACAGUGUGUUAUUUUGGUCCCCAAAUGACCACUGAUGUGGAAUUUGUAGACACGUCGCGCCUUAAGUGUAAGGUAGGUGGACUUGCAGCUAUCGGACAGUUUGUUUGUUUGUUUAUUCAAUUUUGUCGUGGGCGACAAGAAGAACCAGCAAUCAUUCUCGUCACCAGAGCCUUCGAUUGCUAUGCAUGCACGGAACGUAUGUAGCCAGCUUUGUUUGGACUUCCACUAAGAAUGAAUAAAACGGACUGAAUGAACAAACGCAAUCUGAUGAAGCACGUUUGAACUUUCUAUCAUUCGUAACCUGAUCACCCGUUUUUGACCAUCUAUCACCCGAAAGUUACACAAAGUUCAGCGUUAGAGCAAAACCGUUUUGAAAUUCGAUUAUUUUAGCUAACACUCCGUAAUCUUUGGUUAUUAUUCGUUCGACUUUGUUGUUUGAUCCGAUAGGAGUUACUACAAAAAACUACCGAUUUAUAAGCUCUGAGGUUUUAGAACUCUCUACGAUAUAACUGUUAAUGGUAACAUAAAUGAACCAUUGUUAAAUUAAUUUAGUGGGUUAACGAAAACAAAUAAUGAAAAUGGAACUGCAGUCUGUUCCAUGAAGGUCAAAGAUACAACCUUUUGGUCAUGAUAAUAAUGAUAAUCAUAACUAUAACAAAAUUGUCAAAUCUGAUUGGCUAUCAACUGCCCUGAUUUCAGCCUUUAUUACAUCCACUUUGAAAUCACUGGCUAUCCGUGCAAUCUGAUUGGCUCUCAGCAGUGUGAUUUAUUCCUAAAUCGCACCAUUUUUUGCUCUAAAUCGCAUCUGUUCCAAAUCGCGUCAUUCAUGUUCUAAAUCGCAUCAUUUCUGUUUUAAAUCGCACCAUUUUUGUUCUAUAUCGCAUCAUUUCUGGUUCGAAUACAAAAUGAGAUGUAAAAGCCUUUUUGUUUCGGCUUUUUAACAAACCGGCUACUCGAUCAAUAAAAUAUUAGUACUGACUAAAUUCUGCGAUUUCAAAAUGGCUGUAAUAAAGUGGUAAUUGAACUUCGUGUCGUGCAAUUUUGGUCUCAAAUCAUACUUGUGAUUUCAAAUCGAACUCGCGCUGCGCGCUCGUUCUAUUUUGAAAUCACGCGUGUGAUUUCAGACCAAACUGCACUCCACUCAGUUCAAUUACCAUUAUUGGACAGUUUAAUAGGACAGUACGCGUCAUGCCUAAGUAAUUGGACAGUACGCGCCAUCACGCGCGCGCUUAAAUGGCUUUUUUUUUUCACUGCUAGCAAAACGAAAUUUCGAAUUUCUUGUGUUUUGAUUUAAAAAAUAGCCUAUUAUAUCACAAAUUUUGUUAAAGUUAUGAUUAAUUGGUAACAGAACUUCGUGUCGUCCAAUUCGGUCUGUAAUCAUACUCGUGAUUAAACAAAUCGGACUCCCGCUACGCGGUCGUCCGAUUUUGUUGAUCACUCGUAUGAUUACAGACCGAAUUGAACUCCCCUCUGUCCUGUUACCAUUACUAAUCAUGAUCAUGAUGAUGAAACCGGUGUUGAAUUGGGGAUGUUUAAAGACAUCAAGGAUAAAUAACUAAAGACAAAACGGGGGAGUCAAUAUCAGUAGCUAGUUGCUUAACAACAUUAAGACCGCGACAGAUGAAAACUACUCAAAGAUGUCUAACAAAUUCUGAUCCAUGGAGUGAAUUCUUAAAAAUAAAACAUUUUCCCCUUAAGAUCUCCCCUGUUGAUGAUUCCACCCAGUUGGAACUCUCACUGUCGAUGGAUGGUGGACUGAAACAGGUUGGCCAUGUCAACUUUACUGUGUACGACAGCGCGCCUAAAGUGACUACAACAUUGUUUGGCGAUACGGCAGACGAGAUUGAGGUUUACUUUGACAAAGAAGUCGAGUUUGCUGUCGAAGAAACCUGCGAUAAUUUCCUCGAAAGUGAAACAGUUUCUAAGUUAGGACAAGAUCCUACUUGCGAUGUGCUCACAACGGUAGAGUUGGUGAUACGUUUGGGAAAUGGUGCUAACAUCACGGUUGACGACAGUUUGAAAUUUAAGAGCAACAUCUUCAAAGCUUUGGGUCAAAGCUUUGGACGAUUUCUGAAUGGUUCGUUUUUAGUUGGUCCGCCAUCGAGUCCACUGAUACCUGUGGCUGAGGUGACAGGUAGGCAGUUUUUUAUCCGUGAGGUUUUUAAAAAAAUUCAAAAUAUCAUCGAUUAUAGGUGUCUGCAAAAUGGCGCCUAACAAAGGGGGAAGGGGUGGAUGCUACUUCCCCAAAGAUCCUAUCAAUUUAUGUACCGUAUUUAUUCGAAUAAGCGCCCAAACUCGAAUUAGCGCCCACCUUGAAUUCUCGAAUAAGCGCCCAUCCUAAAGGCAGAAAAAGUUAAUAAGCGCUUAACUUCGAAUAAAUGCCCACCCCUAAAAAAUUAAGUGCACGAGAGUAGUAUUUUUUUUUAUUUAUUCACUGGCUUACAAUCUCUAGAUUCAUUGUCUACGAGAAUGUUGGAAUUUUUCUUAAAGUUUCAACUCCAAAGUCCAUGUGGAAGCAAAGUUUUUUCAGCCGCAAUAUAUCUCGCUCAAACCUCAUGGCACGGCUCUGCUCGGCGUUCGCGCUUUGAAUGCUCCUUGGACAACGAUUCCAUUCUCAGACCUUCUUGAUCGUGUAACUUUUACAGAAACGUUUUGUUGCAAAAUAAGCAUACUACACCUGCUGAAAAUGGUGAACAUUUCAGUAAUAAGCGCCCAACCUCGAAUAAGCGCCCCCUCUCAGGGUCUAAAAAAUUUAAUAAGCGCCCAGGGCGGUUAAUCGAAUAAGUACGGUAUUAUGAUAAUUUUUAUGAUUUUUUUCUGCCGUCGGAUGCUUUGACUUUUAUCACCAUUCCGUAAUUGUGACAUUUUAUCUUUUGUUUGGCUUUGAAUGUGGAGAAUAGACUUGACUAAGCCUAAAAUAAGCUCACACUCACCUGUAACAUCCUAGAUUUUCCAGGUCAGCCUGAAAGGGUCUUAAAGUUGUCUAUUAAGAAUUACUCAAAUGGUUUUCAACUUUUCUACGGGGAAAAAGCACUUGCUGUUGGUUCUAAUGGGUGUGGUCCCGGCUCCCAGCUCUUGUCACACCAUUUUAAGCAAGAAACGUGACUGUAUCUAAAAUAUGAGACAAGGAAGAGUAUACCCCCCUUUAUUUAUCUCAGGUCCGUGUUAUGAUAUAAAACAGUAACAGAAGCAGCAAAGUGUUUAAUUUAGGUGCAACGGAAAGAUACAUUACUGCAUCUACAUCUCACAGUCUGUGUUAACUUUGGGCAUAAUCUAAGAUGAGAAAAGUAAAAAUAUCAUUAACACUUUGCCAGUAUCUUCUAACUAAACUGUUCGUGAUUUUGAUUGUUAACUACCUUUUUGUUGAAGGCCCUGACACGAUUUCGUCGUGUGGAAAUCUUACUCUUUCUGGUUUCCAGUCCUUUGGAGGUGGUGGUCGCCAACUGAAUUUUAAUUGGUCCUUGGUAUCACCUACUUCAGGCUUUGGUGCAGACGACAUCAAUAGCAUUCUAAAUGCCCUUAGUCCAAACGAUGAUCGCAUACACAUUCCAGGCACGAUAUUAACAGCUGACAAGACUUACAAAUUUAGACUUGCCGUGGCUAAUUUUCUGAAUCCGGCGAGCUUCCAAACUGUCACGCAUUCAGUGGUAAAGGCUGCUGAACCUGUUCCAGAAUUGACGCUGAGUUCAUCUACUGAUCUUGAUCAAACCCCAGCAUUAGUCUAUGUUUCUGAAGACCUUUACAUAAAAGCCCAGGCUGUUGUAAGUGUCUUUAGUUAGUGCGAUUUUAUAUUAUUAUAAUUGUAAUUAUCAUCAUUCCUAUUACAUUACUACACCUUGUCAUUAAUUGCAAUUAGAGCAAUUGCAAGUAAACCCGAAAAAACAUUUCGGGACUUUAACGGGAUUAGAACCCGUGGCCUCUGCGUUAGCGCUGCAGUGCUCUACCAUUUGAGCGAUGAUGACCCAUACAUUGGGAGCAAGCCAAUUUGUUUAGUUGUUAAAUUGCAAUUACCACUGUGAUGAUCAUAUCCUUAUUUAAAAUCAUUCUGUUUUUCUUUUUCUUUUUUGACUGUUUUAAUGUUUUUCUGUUCAAAACCUCCUCAUCAUUGUCCAUUUUGCUAUUUUCCGCCGAUAGCUUUCUUUUUCCUUCUUCUUUGGUGUUUCCAUCUUUAACUUAUUUUUCUUUUACCUCUCCUAACUUGUGAGGUGAUCCUUCAUGCUUCUAAAAAGCCCACUGUUUUUUUUUUUUUCAUGAGCCCAUCUAGGAUUCACAUUUUCUGUGCUUAUUUGCAGUAAUUGUUUCCGUCUUCAUUUCACAUAUUUAAAUGACAGGGACCCCGGGCCCAGGGUGGGGAGGAGGUGCUCCGGAUUUAAAGUGACCGGGAUGAUCGAAGGAUUUUUGGGGUUUGAAAUUUUUGAUUCCAGGAUUUUUGGGGGGGAAGGAAUAUUUGGCAAGUAUUUUUUCGGGUAAUAUGAUUUAAGUAGGGUUUUGGGGAUGUUCAAAACAAUCUGAAGAUUCGUGAUUGUGCCCUCGUAUCCGGCCGCGAACACAAACAUUCAAUUUCGAAUUAAUUUUUCGUGUUAUAUCAUUUAAUGCUUUAUGGAAAAAUUUGACACGAAAAAAUCGUAAUGGGAUGUUUUUAGGGGUUAAUUUUUUGAUCCAGGAAUUUUUGGGGUUUUAGUUGAAAGGCCUGGGGAUUCUUUUGGGAUUUGAUUUUUGUACCCCCAUUCGAUCAUCCCCGCCACUUAAAAUCCGAAGUGUUCCCCCUGGGACCCUGGGGGUACUCAAUAAAGUUUCAUCGGCGUUAAUGUAUUCCACUGCAAAUUAACGAGAUUCACUUCAAAAAAGGGAAUUAAUUUGGUGCACCCUUCACUACUGAGACCCAAUCCCCUAACCUUUUAUUACCAUUUUUGACGGAAAUGGUACACCUGUCACAUGUCUAGUUUAAAACUUUGCAUCCAUUUGAAAUGCUGUAAACAUGAAUAACUCACAAAACUAGAAACAGAUAUAAAGUCAUUCUGUGGCCCUUUUAGGUCAAUUUACAGACCAAAAUAACUGACAUCCCAACCAUCUCAUAUACUUCAACUAGUAAAAUCUCUACCCAUUCAUACCUGAAGCCAGAAAAGGUAUCCCUUUCGGGCGGAGCCUCACCGUAUAGGCCAUUAUUUUUUCAUCUUAUAAAAUUACAAAGUUUUUUUAAAUGAACUUCUCGUAAACGGAGAGCUCUACUCGAGGCCACAAAAACCCUUUUUAACUGCCCACUUGAAAAAAUAAUUUCUUUUUUAAUUCAACAAUUUCUGUAAUUCAUCCUUCCCUUCACAGGUUGCUCCUUGUGCAAACGACACUAAAAUCAACUUCUUGUGGACUGUAACAUGCUCUGAUGCAACCUCACAACGAAAUGUGGAGGAGAGCUCCUCCUUUCAGUUCACUAAAGAAAAGGCCACUGUCAGCAUAACUAAAGGCGUAUUGACUGCUGACGUCACUUGCACUUUUAACUUGACUGGAAGUAUGAACUACAACCCGAGUAUCAAGAGUUCAAUCGCCGUGGACAUCAAAGCACUGCCCACUCCUCUUGAGACAGCUAUAAGUGGAGGUAGGGUAAAACUUAAAAGAGAUUUGAUUGAAGAAAGCCUACCAAGCUAGAAAAGGUGUUCAUCCCAAUCAAAAUGAAUGUUUAAAAGCAGAUAGGCUCGCCAAUAUACUUCACACUAAACCGUCCAAUAAGAUGCGAAUGAUAUGAAGUGAAUAUUUCUGAAUACUUCAAGAUAACCAAUAAAACAGAUUGCUUACAACACCAAUAUCACUGACUCCAUACUACCGUGAAAUUGUGUUGGUAGUAUAAAGAGCUUAAGAUGUCACGAAGGCGACCAAACAACUCUGCAUGUCCAUCACACUGUUUCUUCCCCGUGCGAGUACGACUUGACUUUCCCAAAUUUCAUGUUUACGCUUACCUGAUGCCUUAAUAUAAGUGGUACCUCCAGUACAAGUGAGAUAACCGUUAAACUGAAGGUAUUUUAAACCCAUCGGUUACCUAAAAGUGGUUUUACGUAUCUGCAGUUUAACCGGAAAACAUCACUUGCACGUGAGACAUCCUUGAAGGUAUCCGAUUACCUGAAUGGACGACUACUUUAAUUUUUUAUGUCCUCUUAAGCUUGGAUACGGUCCUUGAAAAUGCGACCCUAACAGAAACCGAUGGCAUUUGAAAAAAAAAAGUAAAAAUAGUCACGCUGUAGUGUUCAAAAAAAGCACAGAUUCACUUUUUCCUGGUAUCUUAAUGCCCAGUAUAGCCAGCAGUUGAGGCAGACGGAAAGUGAAACAUACUGCACUGAGCAAUGUUUGUUACAACCAGAAUUCACCAGCCUGUCGGGGAGAAUAAGAAAAGUAUAUAGGAAUGGGAGAACGGGGGAAGAGGGGUGUGGAGGAGGGAGAGGAAAAGGCAGGAGUUGAGAGUUCUAAAAGGCUGGGAAGCGGGAGAAUAGUGGGAAAUUAUGCAACACUACUUAAUACUUCGUAAUCGAAGAGGGCUAUGGAGAGGAAGGCAAGACAAAAAGAGGCGAAAGCCGGGAAUGUAGGGACCAAUUUCUCAGUUGAGUGCGUUUUCCCGACACGAUUCAUCUUUAUACUGUCAUGGAUUAUCAUGUGUCGACGAUGCAAAUUCUCUAACCGGCUUAAAGUGGGAGCCUCGUGUAAACGACCACCUCUGGUAAACUGACGGUUUUAGAUUUUGCCCUAUUCUAAGCGAUCACCUGAUACAAAUCUUUGAUCUCCUUGUUGUAUGAACUACAAAGUUUGGAUUUUCCUGUAUUGUAACCUAAAAAUGUGCAUGCAAAACAUUCUCUCCAAAAAUUAGGUACGUCUAAAAGACCUCCUGUAGUUUGACUCUUGCAUAUAACGACCACCUGCAGAAGGCGACUGAAGUAUAAACUGAAGUAUAAACUCGGAUUUUGGAUGGUCGCUUACGGGAGGUUUGACUGUAUUUCAAACUAUAAAGAAAACUUCUUUUCAUGACAUUUUAAGGUGAUCGACAGAUUGGCCGUAGCAGCGGGACAAUCCAAUUUGAUGUUCUGACUAUUGACGCAGAUGGAUCAAGUCUGAGUUUAACGUGCAACUGGCGGUGUGCUGUUCAAGGUGGCGGAAUUUGCUACUCGCAAAUAAACAUACGAAACCUGACAUUUUCAGGCCUUUCUGGAUGUAGAAUUCCCGUGCAGAGCAAUCAUUUUAGUGCGGGAAAAACCUAUACCAUCAGGUUGGUCUUAGCUAGAAAAAAAAAACAAGCUAUUAAUUAUAGAUGAUUCUUCAACUCAUAAGUAAUGCAUAAAGAGAAACUGCAGUUCGAUAGCAGAUAAAAUUAUCAUAACAAAUUUCUAACUUUUAAUUUGAGAUACUAUAUCGAAGUCGGUUUAAACAUAUGAAACGUUUGGCUACACCUAGUUUUUUAAACCAGUUGCUGGUGUCUGGAUAUCAGAUGUUAGUAAAAUCCAACUAGUGGUCUAUUAUCAAUACUGCGCUCUGAUUGGUUGAGCUACUACUAGGCUAUAUGUUAUAGCCCGCUAGUAGCGAAAAGAGCCGGCUUUGAAAACCAAAACAGUGGCGGCUGAAUCGCGUUUUGCCAGCUAAAGUUGUUUUAUCUCGAUAGUUUUGACCAACUAGUUGGAUUUUACUAAAACAAUCAUUCCUCUCUCCCUCAUGGCCCUCUGAGUCAAGAGCUUAUGAGGCCGAAGGCCCAAUGGGCUAUUGACUCAGAGCCAAUUCGUGCUCGAGGAAUGAUUGUUUAAAAUAUAGCGUCUCGUUUUGACAUAUGAGAGGACUACGAACCGAACAUUUUUAGUAGGUUUUUUGUAGUAAGGGGAACAUUUUACAUUGAUUUUACUGUUACGUAGUAACAAACAACAAAUGAAACAGUAUGAAAGUACAGUGAAAACUGUAUUAGGCGGACACCCUAGGGGAAUGUUGUAGUGUCCAACUACGUUAUCUAUUGAAUAGAGACGUAUCCAGAGGAUCAUCCACCUAUCAAACAACUUGGGCCUCAACUUCUUUCCUUCCCUUUAGUGUGGAUGUAUCCAAGGGCUCUCGUACUGCCUCAGCAUCCAUAUCGCUGACCGUGGUGGAAGGAAAUCCUCCGCUUGUCUGGAUGGGAUCAGGAGCUCCAACUAUCAAAGUUUCAGAAACCCAAAAAGUUGUUCUCAACGGAUUUUACAACACUAACGUUCAGCCAACCAAAGUGGAAUGGAGCUGCAAAAGACAGCAAGGUUGGUAGGCAUCUUCAACUUAAAUUACUUUCGAUAUAGUUGAAAAGUAAUACGCGUCAUGUCAAUUUUAUUGCUCCUACUUUUACAGUGACGUAAAAGAAAUUCUUCAUCAUAGGCAAACAAGUUAUUGCCAGUUUUUAACUAAAAUACUAAAAGUAAAUGCAAUUAAUUUUUGAAAGAAUAUAAAGAUGCAAUUACAGUCGAAGCUCUUCUUGCGACAACUCUCGUAAGCGACCAGCUCUAGUUACGACAGCUUUUGUGACACCCCAUUUUAAGUGUGACUUAACUGCUUUUUAAUGAAAAGCUCUCGUAAGCGACCGCGACCGCGACCACUUUUGGGAUUACCCAACUGGACUUUUCCUCUUUUUAAGCUCUCGUAAGCGACCACUCGGAGUCAUAUUCAUAUAAAUCAACACAUAAAAAUAGGUUAGCCCUGUCUAUAUCAGAUACAAAUUCAAAGAGAACAGACGGCAAAUUCUUGUUGCUCGAAAUAUCUAAACAUUAACUAAAUAUUGAUUUAAUUUAAUCUCAUUUAAUUUCUUUUUUUUUUCUCUAUGAAUUAUUAAUAAGUUUUUGAAGCUGUCGUAAGCGACCACCCUCUAUUGUUUUACCAUGCAGUCGCUUACGAGAGCUCAUUCUCGUAAGCGACCAGCUCUAGUUAGGACCACAUUUUCGAAUUCCCGAGGUGGUCGCUUACGAUAGCUCAGGGUUGUUUUUACCCUACUUCCCCUCCCUGCUUCUCUUAUUCUUCUUCUUUAUCGCUCCAUUGCUGUGUCGGAAAUUUGAAACACACAUUUAUAACCUCUCUAGUCGAACAAAUACCAAACUGAAUAACCUUGCUUUAUUUGUCUUUCCCCUAGGCUUUGCUUAUGUAGAUUUGAGUGGCUUUACGUUUUUCCAAGAGUACCUUGCUGGCAAAGAAUCAUACGCUUUGCUGAUAAUACCCGGGGGUGUUCUUAAAAAGGGGUCAAAGUAUAAAUUUCAGUUGACAGUAAAUGAUGGCAGCCAAAAUGGUACAGCAUCUAUGGAGGUGGAAGUCAGAAAAGGCCCCGCGGCCGGAUCGUUGACUGUUGAUAAACCUAAUGUGGCAGCCCUGUUUGAGGAAAUUACGAUAUCAGGUAAUAAAAUAUUUUUAAAAAAUCUGGACUGGUCAUUAUAUAAUAUGUAUAAGGUGGAAGAAAAAAUAGAGAGAGGCAAGAAAUGGGCCGACCUUUUUUUAGCAUCUGCUAGACGUCUUGAUUAUUUGUGUUUGUGUAUAAAGGGUGACUUCACAAAACUGAAAAACAUCCAGGAUUUGAAUGGUGAAGAUAAGAGGGGCAUGAAUCUAGUCGAAUGCAAUGAUAAUCUUAACCUAUCUGGCUACUUGACAGUAUACAUAUAUAUAAACAAACAUACUUUAUUCAAGGUAUCAUAAAAAUAAAACACACAAAUACCCUGAAAAGGAAGUUGAAGAGGUGGACCCUAUAUGAACUAACGUCCUAAAAAUAAAAAGUAAAAGAUCAAGACAUUGUCUAAAAGGAACAAAAAUUCACAUAGAAAAAGAAUGAAAUUAUGAAAUACACAUACAUGAUUCAAGAGUAGCUUUAAAACGUCUUAAAUUUCCAGCCUCCACAACGUAGCGGGGCAAAUUGUUCCAUUCGCGCACGAUUAAAACCAUUCCAUCCCUUGGGUAAAGAAUGAUUUUUGCUGGAAUAGAUAUACACCCUAAAAGUGUUAGUAUCAUUUUAACAACCUGUAAGGUUAAUUUCAAUUUUCCUUUCUUUUGAUUCAGCUCCCCGAUGGACAGUUGAAGCAGACGCUAAACCUCUCCGGUACUCUUUCGGAGAGCUAGUAGAUAACGUUUGUGAAGUUUGGGAACCUCCGUCGGAUACACCCGAAUGGACGGGAGUGCUGCCAGCUGGUAAUGAUCCUAAUAAUAUCCUUACCCUGUGCUUGAUCGUCGAGGAUAAGUUUGAUUCAUUUACCGUGAAAACGAUCAACAUCAGGUCGAAUCCACCGAAUGCGGUUGCUCUGUCUUCGGAUGCUCUUGAUGGCUUAUUCCAAAAUGAUGUCCAGGGCCAGCUUCAAAGCGGAAAUGCAGAUAAGGCAUUGAGUUUAGUAAUAAUCAUUUCAGCCACUGUGCAAGACUCUAAUGAGACUACAGGUGGGUCACGAUAAAAUAUUUUUGACCCCUGAAUAUCUAUUAAAAUAUUUGGGCCUUUGCAAUAAGAGCCAUUUUUUUAAAGAAUACGAAAAUGACCUUACGAACAAAACGAGUCACUAUAACGCUAAAAAAAGGACGGAGAGCUACACAACCCAAAUGGAAAGACUCGCUGUGUACGCAUUAAUCUGACACAGCCGUCUGAGAUCUAGAAAGUAUGUCUUGUUAGCUCCUAGGGCCACGCAAAUGUUCGAUACUGCUUUACCUAGAGCUUAUGAAAGGCCCAGACAAUGUUAGCUUCCCUUGACAUUGAACUUUCCAUAAAUUCUUUUUACCCCAAGGCAUUUAGCUCGCGUACCUUUAAUUUACAAAAACUAUCACCAAGCGGUUGUAUUCGGAGGGACCUAUUCUAGGGAGGAAAAUUUCUUUGUAAAAUACAUUCAAUUUAUAAUUGGAGGAAGAGAUUAUACCAGUCGGGCAUUGUCUAGACAUACCUGAGAACACUGUACCCUUUGAACGUGCCAAUUUAUCGGUUAGAUAUAGCGCUAUUCGACAUCAUUUCAUACUGCAGCUCAUUGUUAUCAAAAGCUAACGAGUAAACAAUGACGUCCAAAUUUUUCCUUUUAUUAUCCGGCGUUUUUGGGGGAGAGGUUGAAGGUGGAAGAACCAAAUAUAAUUUCCAGGCGGCUUAUGUUCUUAGGGGCUUAUCGUAGGACUAUUUGAGUGGUUUACUGAUGGAGGGUGUUAUCUUUAAGGAGUGCACAGUGUAUGAAGUUCUCAUCUUUACAAUACGCUUGAAAUUAAUCCUUUCAGAUGAGCUCAGGCGCAACAUCUCUCAAAAGGCUCAAAACUUCGUUUAUGAAUUUGUGAGCACUUCUAUCGUUGUUAAAGGCAACGCUGGUCCACUUUUACGGGCGUUAGUUAAUACCGAUGCUGCGGCAGCUGAAAACAGGUGAGAGAAAGAGUGUAUGAGAUACUUAGCAAGAUGAUAAUCCACUUAAAUUACGUGUUAUUGAAUUUUCUUUUCAGUAUCAUAAAAUUCGAGACAAAUUUACUUAUUGGUUAGCUUUCUGCCUAGUGUAGUUAAUUUUCUGUGCAUACGCAGGUAUAGCAUGGUCAAUAUAGUGUAAUGGUUAUGAAUCCCGCCAAAUCCUUUGUUGUAUGUUUUUUAUGGACUUGAUGGUGCACAACGUUCAAUAACAUUCCUAUCAAAUUUCAUCGCAUUGAUCGAUAAAAACGUAGCAUUAAUUUAUUCCGUAACAAUUUGUGAACAAAGAAAAAGAAUUAUGAACCGUCAGAGAGCUUACAACAUGGACAGCAGCGGCUUUGCUAUUUACCGCCUUUCAUGAUAGACCAGUGCCCUCUACCAACUAUGGCUUCAUUGAUCUAAACUCUAUGAUUGGAUUAUUUUAGCACCAACAUGGCUGGUACUUUAGUGAAGAUUCUAGAUGGGCUCGGGGACCAGUCUCUUAAUGACAAUCAGGCGAACAACACUAUGGGCUGGAUUGGUUAUCUUGUUGGAGAUUCGCUUGACGACAAUGACGAGGAGUUUCAGACCGUGAGUGUUUGUUAUGUAAUUCUCUUUUAAACUCCGAGGGGCUUAUUUAUUUCAAACACGUUUAAAGGGAGGGUGCUUGAUAGAGACGAGGGGCCUAUUUAAUUUGAGAGGGGGGUUUACUUUAAUUUAGCGAAGAUGGUGAUAUCAGUUCUCUAUAAAGAACUAGAAUGCAAUGUGGAAGAAGUUGGAGGUCAUGCAGCCGAGGAUCAAAAACAAAUCCGAACUUCCAACACGAGAACAAACCAUCCCGAAUCAGUUAAAAUGACGUUUUGCAGUCAUGACUGAGUAAUACAGUCAAUCAUUUAUUAGUGAAGAAUAAUAAGAGGGAGGGGAGGGGGGAUUAAAAGAGAGGGGUGGGGCUUAUACACUUUCUUCCCCUGAAAAGGGGGCUUAUUACAUAGGGGAAGGGCCUUAUUUGAGAGAGGGAGCUUAAUGUAGGAUUUACGGUACUUUAUGAAGAGGUAAUUAAGAACACCAUGACUGAGCACUUUACCUAAUACGGUAUAUGUAAGUAGCCUCUUAACUUUUUUUUCAUUUAAAUGUCUCUUUCAACGCCCAUGACUGUCAAAACACCAGAUAACACACGGCCAAGAAAACACAUACCCCAUGAUGUUCUAACUUUGUGGCAACCUAUGCUCACAUACAGUCAUGAUGACCAGUAUGCCAAAUUUGGAAAAUACACAAUGUAUAUUGAUGAAAAGCCUUAAAGAGAGUUUUAUACAUCUGGUGUACUAAAAGAGAGUUAAUGACCAGGUUAUUUGUAUACUAUUAAGCAAACACGCAAUCUAGGAAAUUAAAACCAAGAAACUCGAGUCAGUCUACAGUAGAUGUGACAUGGUUCUUAAUUGAAAACCCUCAGAAAAUCCAGGAAUAAAUGUAAACAAAGUCUGUUUCGUCCUUGCAGAAUAUAAUUGUUGCCUUAGAUGGACUAAAGGUAAACUUAGAAAGUCUCUUUCGUCCUCACAGAAUAUAAUUGCCGCCUUAGACGAACUGGGGGACAAUUUGGCGGUCGACUUAGCUCUCGGCGAUCAACCUAGGGAAGUAUCUGAUGAGCGAGUUGGAGUGGUCAGUGUACAGGUCACUAGUCUAAAAGCUGAGCUUCCAAUAAGCAGCAAGCCCGGGGCUCCUACACUUGAUCCAGGAGCAUCGUUGAAGGAGUUUAGUGCCCCAAGGAGGUGUGGAGAUGGCAAAACCUGUAGCGGAGUCCUUGUAAAACUGGUACAUUACAAGCAUAAUUUGAUUACUCCAGACGCAAGCAAACAGGAUAGCCAAGUGGAGAUUAUUUCAUCCUUGGUAUGACCACCUGCACAUUUUUACAUGUAUUUACUUUUAUCUAGGAAAUCGCGCACGAUGCCUAUUGCUCUAGGGACAUCGAAUACUAUGUUUGGGUCCCAAAAAACUAUUCGCCAUUUACAGAUUGCUGUACCAUCGGAUAUUUUUUUUUCCACAAAGGGCCACACCGGGUGAAUGAGCAAAGGAUCAACUUCUCGUUAGCCGUCUUUGAUGCUUUAAAAGCUCCCCCUCAUGAGCUUAUUAUCGCCAAAUUGCAUUCAAAUUUGCUGAUUCGCAGAUUAAGAAUAAUUAGUUAUGUCUCUGCAUUCUGUGCGAUGAAGAAAAGUCAAAAUUAAUUUCUAAUAACUACGCCAAUCAAAAGCUAACUUUGGAGAACUACUUUAAUAGAUGCAAGAUCUUGAAUUUUUCUGAUCUCCGCCCGAAGAUUAUUUCACAGUUUGGGAGCAUCCGACUGAAAGGCUCGGUCACCAAGCGUAGGCAGGCAUAAUCUUGUACCCAGAUCUCACUUUGUCUUACGGUGAGAUUUGGGCAAGAGAUUAGGACAGGCAUCUUUUGUUGGGCUCUUAUGACAGAGUAGAAGCUGAUGGUUAUUCAGGAAUCACUCAACUGAUGCAUACGACCUUUUCUCUUGAUACACUUUUUUUUCAUGGAAUCUUAAUAUGAAUCGAGGUUGUUGUUGUUGUUGUUUUAUUUUCACGCAAUGUAACGAUAAAUGUUUCUUUGCAGGUUAUUAAUUGUGUAUUAAGUGACCCAAAUACCAAGGUAAAGCUCACAAUCAGCGGUCUGGCCAAUCCACUCCAACUGAAAUUCUCUGUUGGCGAUCCUCCUUCUGGUAAACAGGCUGCAUGCAAAUACUUUAAUGAAACACUCAGGAUCUGGAUGUCAGACGGUUUGGAAGCAGUAGGACCUGUCAAUGGCACUUUAACUUGUAAAUCAACCCACGCAACUGUCUUCGCUCCGUCCAACGAUAUAAAGAACGCUAGUAAUGCCACGACUACGUUGCCACCUACUACUACUGUUGGAGGUGAGACAUAAACACGUUACAUCUAACGUUGGGACUAUAUACGUACUUGUACAAAGGUUUUUGAGGCUGCUAUUAAGCCCCCUCGGAGGAGUGAUAAGACCACAAUUAUGUGUUAAAUAUAGUCGCAUUUCUAAUAUUCAGUGUCCGGAUUAACUGUAAUCAUGUGGUGGAAAUGGAUAUCACUGAAAUACGGAGUAAAUCACUAGGUCGUUCUUUCCUACAGCGAACCGUGAGGCCAGUACCAAAAUUAUGACUUCAAAAUUGGCAUCACAAAAUCACAACCAAGGAUUAUAUCCUUAACUGUGAAUUGCACUUCGCUCAGUCCUAUUACUAUUAAAAACUAAAAAAUAUUGUUCUUUGGAUUUGCUCUAAAGUUCAUAAUGUUAAGAUGAUGAUGAUGAUGAUGAUGAUGACGAUUUAUGUUUAUUGUUAUUAUAAUGGCAGUACAAACGUCUGGAUGCCCAGAGUAAAAAAUAAAAGCUUUAGCUGGGCGGCAAACCGUAACCAGCCACAGCACCGACUAAAAUUUAUGGUACCAAUUACACACUAAUUAUAAUUUGUGCAAAAAUAAAUAAAUAAAUAAAAACCUAGGUAAAAAUGAUUUGAUAAGAGUGUCAUAAAAAUUGAAUAAAUAAAUAAAUAAAUAAAAACCUAAAAGCUUUAUGGACGUUUUAAAUUCAAAAUGAAAAUGUUCGUAAGUUGAAACCCAUCGUUCAUAUAGCUGUCCAUUCAAUUAUGAGAAAGUCAAAGGUAUGGAAAUAAAAUUUCGAUAAUGUACAAGAUUAAGUAUCUGUUAAAAUAGGUGUCCAAAAUUCCCGUAGAUAUCUAAGCGCUCAGCUUGAACAUUCUAGCAAUGUGUAAUGAACUAGACAGGAUUGCCUUUUGCAUUUCGCGCAUAAUCGAUUCACACUUGUCUCCUACAAGCUCUUUAAUAUUUUUCUCAACCUCUUUCGAACAGCCCUCAAGGACAUCUACGAUGAUGUUGUACUGAUUGACCUUGUACUCUAAAUCAAGCUUAUUAUUAUUGUUAUUAUUAUUAUUAGUAGUAGUAGUAGUAUUAUUAUUAUUAACUUUAUUGUUCGUUUGCUAUUUUUUUCUUUGUUACAGCACCAGAAACGAAAGCAGAGAAGGAUCACACAGGCGCCAUAGUGGGUGGCGUCCUUGGAGGCUUAGUUUUCAUUGUCCUUGUUGUUCUUGGUAUUUGGUGGUGCUCUAAGAAAAAGGCCAAAAAUACGGGGAGGAUAUCUCCAGAAUCGCUGCCACUAAAUCAAGCUUCAGAUUACUAAGGCCUCGACCACAUGAGCAGUUUUUCAUUUGUUGAUGUACAUUAUUUCAUUUUCCCAAAUCCUGUGGCAACUGCCGUAAUUCGUAAUUGUAGAAAAACUAGCUCGACAUCUAUGGAGGCCCGUUCUGGUCAAAAUUAAUAUAAUAAAAUGGCAUCACAAGUGACUUUUUCGGCCAGUGCAGCAUUUAUUAUGGACCCG